AUGCGGAAAAUCGUGGCCAACAACAUCACCUCCUUCGUAGAGAGGGUCGCCGUUUUUAGGAGGGUCCGGUUGCCGGCAAAUCGUGACCUGUUGGCAAGCUCCAGUCUUCUGUUUGAGCAUCUCGUCGACGAUGUAGAGGAGAUUGCCUGGUUCGUCUCCAAUGGCAAUUUCCGGCGACUACAAAGAGGAGCAACGCAGCUCAAUUUUUGGCAGAUGAAGGCGGCGGCGGCUUAUGAGCUGACUGUGGAAGGCGGUCCGGUUGCCCCAUUGCGGCGGCAGGAGGCACGAGUUUGCUGUGCAGUAGCGGCAAACUCCAUGUCCGACGGCGGAGCUCCCGUUGGCCGCUUCUAUGGUGGUCGAUGGCGGAGCUGA